AUGGCCAAAGACCAUCUACACCCUCAUCACGACGGACCUUUCAACCAGGCACUUCUGCCGGCAUCCAGUGGGAUGCCCACACCAUCUCCUUCAGUCUUGAGCUCUGCAACCUUACAGUCAGGCAAUGUCAAUCGGAACGGACUAUACAGCUCAAGUGGUACGGCUCCUCCCACCAUCCCCAACCAGUACAAUUAUUCAGGAAUGUCCGUGCCUUCGCUCGGAGAGUAUUCUGGGGUGCCGCAAAUGGGCCAGCCUUCAUUCCCAAAUCAUCCUCAGGGCUUGCCACACAUGGGCCAACCAAAUCAGGACGCUCUUGAUCCCUUUUCUGAUAAUACGAGAGAUGAUGGCCCUUUGGAUAUGCUUCUUUUCGAGAAUGUUUUCGACGAUGCAAAUACGUUGGUGAAUGGCUUAGCUUCUUUUGAUGUCUUAGACGGCGAAAAUUCACUGCAAUUCUCUGCUCAGAACACGCCAGAAGGACCCAACCUAAAGCCAUUCCACUCUGAUAUAAUCCUCAAUGUGGCCGCCAACGAGAAUCAUUUUUUUAAUGAAGUUGAACUACAGGACUUCCUCCGUUACGGUACUGACGUUGAUCAGGAUCCCGAACGCACCAGAUUUUGGGAAUCUAUUCAUGGACAAAUGCGAGACCCGAUACUACGAGAACAGCACAAGCAGCCCACCAAUGAGGAGCUUCUCGAGAGAGUCAAUGAAACAUACAAUCUCUCUUCAGAGGAGCUUGAAUAUUUUAGAGCGAUAUCAUGCAGAGAAUUGUUUUUGUUCAUAUACCCCUUUGCACCCACAGUCAAGGACAAUGAAAUCAUGCAUGUGCUACUAGAAUUUCUGUUGAGAUUUAAAUUUUUAGUAUAUGCUUUGAUGGCACUUGGCGCUUCAUGUCUUUUUACGAUAACAAAAAAUCCAAAACAUGAUCGUGUUCAGAAGCGAUGCACCGCAGCUUGCAUGAAGCUUUUGGUUCAAGCGUUCAGUGAUUUAAGCAACAACGAGAACUCUUUACGGCACAUUGAGGGGCUUAUUCUAACAGUUCUAAUAUUGACGACGUUAUUCAGUGAUAUGAGCAUUGUUGAUGCGACCACUGUACCGAUCUCUUGGAUUUCGCAUCUUAACAAAGCUAGAUCUUUAUUGAUCAAAUAUGAGUCUGUGAAACAACGAGCCCAACAUAACAAGCCAGAUUCACCAGCUAUAACAAUUGCCAAACUAUGGUUUUUUGAGUUUGACUGGAUCUCAAAGUUGGGAAUGCCAAACUCGCAAAUUACACGAAGUAAUGUUCGUGACAUUCAUUCAUUGAUAAACCCAGAUAUCCAGGGGCCCGAGAGCUACACUCAGCAGCAAAUGCUUCGAAAGUUGGGGAUGCUAAUACCAGCAACCUCAACCCAUUCUGGCUUCAAUCUUUUUCUGACGCUCACGACGGAGGCUACCCAGGCAUUGUUCAAGCUUUUGGAUGUGAUUGCGGGCAUCAACGAGAGUGAGCUGAAACAAGCCAGCCCAGAAGAGGUUGGCGAUCUCAUUACUCUGGUACAACUUGUUGGUAAACAGAAAGUCAUUCCAUUCUUGUCAGCUGAAAGCCAGUUCAUAAUUCCGCGUGACAACCCAGCACACCCCGACUUUGACGACCUAUCACGAAAGAUAUUUCUUCCCCCCAGCGCAUAUGCCAAAGACACAGACGACCCCAAUAAUAUAAAGUAUUACUCUUAUUGUGAUGUCACACAACGAGCGCAUUAUCUCGUCUUGAGCCUCAAAGUCUUCACGUCACCAGGUGUGCUACACCUUCCAAGGAGCCAUCCGAUGAUCAAACGUCUUGUGGCACAAACUUUAAAACUUAUGUUUUUUUUGAAACGCAAGUCUGAUCCCUGCUAUGAUCGCAAUCUAGUGGUUGCCGAGCUGGAGCACUACUGGCUUUCAAAAUCACUUUUUGAUUUUCGAGCGAUAAUGGUUCAGCUACCCUUUAGAAUAACAGUAGAUCUCACAGACGACGAAGAUGACUUUGAAAAAUUGGAUCUAUUUUUUAGGGGUUUGGUGAAGUUUGGUGGAGGCAGUGGAAUUGAGGCGGUCGCAAGAGCCAGAAAAAAUAAAGAGGCUGCAAGACAGCGAAAAGUAAACGGAAAUGAUAUCAGGACUAGCGGGGACAUGGAAUACCUGGCCAUGCUCUUCCCUGUUUACUGA